UACGGCCCUCCUUCUCGCGCUCCGACUGAUGCAUAAUUUGUGGGUCAGGUGUUUGUCUGUGCAGGUAAUGCGCCGCGCCACUGCUGCGGCUAUUGCUUCGUUUCGUUUUAUUUAUCACUGUGUCCUCAUGCUUAAAGCCUGCGUGUUUUCACUGCAGAGCAGCGACCGAGUGCUCCGUGCUCCGUUUAUUUCCUGGUUCUCUCGAGCGGUGGUAGAUGUCCGCUGCCGUGUGGGUCUUUCUCUCCCUUCCUCUCCCUGUGCAGGUUUGACUUUGAAAACAGUGGCUGCAGUCUGGUGGUGGUGCUGGGGACGUGGGUGGUGGUGUCCCUCCUUGUGUGCCCUGCUUCCUUGGAUUUGGUGAUAUCCAUGGAUGUAUUGAUAUCACUCCAAUCAGUAAGAUUUCCAUUUUGUAAACCUUGAUCACCUUGUGACUAAAUCUUCCAUUUGAGUGGGAAGACAUCAGUUGUGCAAGAGAAGAGCUCUGUACCACAAUGAUCGGAAGACUGACUGCUUUGAUUCUUCUAAGUACAUUGUCCCUGAUUCAAACUGCAGAGGUUCCUGAUCAGAUCUCUUUGACUGUGAUUGAACUUGGAGAUAGUUUGUCUCUGACAUGUUCAGUCUCUGGGAUUGAAGCCGGGUUGUUUUACUGGUAUAAGCUGAAGUUUGGACAUAUGGUCCAAACAGUUGCAGCAGGAACUUUUGACAAAAUAACACUUCAAGAACCAUUUACCAACUCAAGAUUCACAGUAACAACUGUGAACAAUCAGCAUGUUCUCAACAUCACAAAUGUAAGCAAAGAAGAUGAAGCAACAUACUUGUGUCAAGCAGGAUCGGCAUACCAAAUGGAAUUUAUUAACGGCAUACUUUUGGCUGUGAAUGAUCAUAAAAACCUGCAGAAAGCUGUCUAUGUGAAACAAAGUCCGGAGACAGAGUCGGUCCAGCCGGGCGACUCAGUGACUCUCCAGUGUUCCCUUCUCUCCAAGACAAAAGGAAACAUAGAUCAGUGUCCAGGUGAACACAGUGUGUACUGGUUCAGAUCUGGAUCAGGGGAAUCUCAUCCAGGCAUCAUUUACACUCACAGUGAUGAAGAAGAGGAAAGAAGUUGUGUCUACAGUCUGUCCAAAACUAUACAGAACUCCUCUGAUACUGGGACUUACUACUGUGCUGUGGUCACGUGUGGAGAGAUCCUGUUUGGUGAAGGAACUAAAGUGGAGACAAGACAAGAGCUGUGCCCAUUCGUCAUUGUGCUUGGAACGGUGCUGGCGGGCUGUGUGAUUGUGAUUGCUGCCCUAAUCAUCUUCAGAAAGCAAAAGCCAGUUUGUAAACAUUGCAAAGUAGAAGCUUCCAAUCAUGCUCAAUAUGAGGAUCAACCAAGGAAUGUGGAUUUUGAAGCGGCAGCACUGAACUACGUAGCACUGGAUUUCCCCUCAAGAAAUGCUAAAAGAUUGAAGAAUACCAGGGAGUUACCACAAGACUGUCUGUACUCUGGCACAGCAGACUUUCAGUGAAGUACUAUAACCAAAUGAUUUUCAUGCAGCUUUGAUUUGUGUUUAGGUGUAUGAGAUGAGAAGAGAGAUAUUUGUAGUAAUUAUAUUGUUAAUAGUUUAAUAAGUGAGAUUUGUUAAGGAUAGAGACAGCACUUAUGCUUUGUGAUGUUGCCUGGAUGAACCAAAAACAUUUUUUUUAUCAUUAUUCUUAAUAUUUUGUUUGUUUUAUUAUUAUUACUUGUGAGGUUAAUCUUGAAUAAUCACUCAAAAUAUGUGUACCAUUAAAGAGAAAAUCCAUCUA